CUUCUUUUGUCUCUAAGCCUCUCUGUUUUUUUUUUUUUUCCUGCCGCCAAAAACAAAGACCAACAUUCGAAGAAACUUCUCUGGAUCGUAACAGUUUAAACCUUAAUGGCUCUGUCUUUUGGAUACUUACAAAGAGACAACAGUUUCAAGAAAGACUCUAAAGAGUGUGAAACACCAAGAAUUCUGAAAAGCCCAGUAAAUAUGUAUCUGGAGAAGACUUUAUCGUUCAAGGAUUUGGUCGAUCAGGGGAAGAAUUACAGAGAUGAAACUCUUGGGGUCAAAACGAGAAAAGGUAUAAACUUAAAGGGUCCUAAGCCAGACAACAUGAUUCUUGAGAGGAGUCUCUCGUUCACGAGUCUAGUCCAGGUGGAGCACAGAGAAGAAGAAGAAGACGAAAGAGGAUCCUCUCCGAAACGAAGGAACAGGGGUAAAAUGGGAAUUUUGGGGUGCUUAACGGCGUUAAGUGUACCACAACCAAAGCCGUUUUGGUCUCCGAGAUCGUCGACAGAACUUGACGCUGCCGCCGUUACGUUGCAAAAGGUUUACAAAAGUUAUCGAACGCGUAGAAAUCUUGCUGACUGCGCAGUCGUUGUUGAAGAGUUAUGGUGGAAAGAAUUGGAAUUAGCAACGUCAGAACCGAACCGAACCAAUGAGAAACCGGAGACGGCUGUGUCAAGGUGGGCAAGAGCUGGAAUCAAAGCAGCAAAGGUAGGGAAGGGAUUGUUGAAAGAUGAUAAAGCCCAGAAACUAGCAUUGCGACAUUGGUUAGAAGCCAUUGAUCCACGUCAUAGGUACGGACAUAAUUUACACUUAUACUAUGAUGUUUGGUCAGGAAGCGAGAGUACUCAGCCAUUUUUCUUCUGGUUAGACAUUGGAGAUGGCAAGGAAGUGAAUCUCACCAAAUGUCCAAGAACUCUUCUUCAACGCCAGUGCAUCACUUACCUUGGUCCGAAAGAGAGACAAGCGUACCAAGUGGUAGUGGAAGGAGGGAAACUAGUCAACCGACAAAACAAGAACCUCGUGGAGACCAUCGAAGGAACCAAAUGGAUUUUCGUCUUGAGCACGACGAGAAAAUUGUACAUUGGUCAGAAACAAAAAGGUCGGUUUCAGCAUUCGAGUUUUCUUUCAGGCGCCGCCAUCACUGCCGCCGGUAGAAUUGUCUCUCACGGUGGAGUUGUAGAAGCUGUGUGGCCGUACAGUGGUCAUUAUCUCCCGACGGAAGAGAAUUUCCGUGAAUUUAUCGGUUUCUUAAAAGAUAACAAAGUUGAUCUCACUAACGUCAAGCUCAAUGCCAUUGACGACGAUAAUCAUAUGGUCUCUAACGACGGAAGCACUAAGCCGUCAAAAUCUGACGGUCGUGAUGAAAUUAAGACCGUCGCGGUUGAUCCUACGGUAAAGAGUUUACCGGAACGAAAACGUUUUUCGUGCAAGUGGAGUACUGGAAAUGGGCCUAGGAUUGGCUGUGUGCGGGACUACCCUAUGGAUCUGCAGACGCGGGCGCUUGAGCAAGUCAACCUUUCUCCUCGUGUGGUCAACGGAACGAUGGGUUUAUUUGGCCCAAUACCUUCGCCAAGACCAAGCCCAAAGAUUCGAGUCUCUCCUAGGCUAUCUUGCAUGGGACUUCCAAGUCCGAGGAACUAAUUUUUCCUUCUUUUUUUUGGCUAAUCAGAUCAUUUUGAGAUCUUUUGAGUAUUCUUUUUUUUUGUUUUAACUCCCUUAAUUCUUUGAAAGAGUACGACUUGUACUCAUUUCUGUUUUUAAAUAAUUUAUUUCUACUUUUUUUUGAGGUGUAUAACCUUGUACUAUUUACUUUGUAACUUUACA